UCUUUCUAGUCUUCUUGGGCAAAAGGCACUGUUGUCACACUUAUCUAUUUUUAAGCAACAUACAGUGUUUCAAUAUUUCCUUUUGUUUACCCAUUAAUAAAAAUGCACAAAAAGAUUAAAAAAUUCGGAUCAUUCAAGAUGUUCAUAUACUUAUGUUAAUUUCCAUUGUAACAAAUUUAAUUUUUUAACUUUAAUAUUAUAACUUAUUUCAAUACAUUAGUAUAAAUUUGUAAAGGUACCAAUAACGUGAAAGUUUUGUUUUUUUAGUAAAAAGUAAUUGAUUCUAAUUACAAUGAAUUAAAAAAUCUACCUAAUGAACGAGAAAAAGUAUUAAAAUCACGAUGGAUGAUGAAGCAGCUCAAGCUGUCCUCCUUAGAGGCAUGGAAGGUACACAAUACAUCACAAUACAGAGAACUGAAGUAAGUGACAGUGAAUCAUUGGAAAAUCAAUCGUAUAUGACAAUUAAUAUGGUUACUGACAUGAUCAAUGGAGUUGGUACUGAAUACAAUACUGCAACCCAGUAUUACGCAGCUGAUGAUCUUCUUAAUCACGAUGUAAGAGAGGAGGACCGGAAAUUAGCGUCAGCCUUAGUAACAGUUCAAUUUCAAGCACAACAUAAACAUCAGCAAACUCAACCUGAAGCUGAUUCAUCUUUGCCUGAUGUCUCUCAGCUUGCAACACUAGACGCUGUAAAUACUUAUGAAAUUCAAUCAAUUCCAGUACCAAUCACUCAGCAAACAACGCCGCCAGUCCAUGCAGCUAUGCAACCAUUUAAACGAAUUAAUCACCAUGUCAAGCAAGAAUUUAUUAAUGUUAAAAGUGAAUAUGAUAUUGAUAUUUCAGCUGAUAGCAGUGAGGAUGCUAAUCCAAGCUCCGGACGUAAAAGAUCACUACCUCAUAAAAAACGAAUUGCGAGAAAGCUCAAACAACAUAAUAACAAAAAUCCAACUAAUAAAAAAAAUACUGCAAAAGUCGUUGACCAAGAAAUCAUAUCAAUCGAAGCUAAUCAAGAGAUUAUAGUUCAAUUGUUCAAAUGUGAAAUAUGCGAAACUGAAUUUGGUGGCCAAUUAAAAUUUUUCGAACAUUUGAAAUCUCAUUAUGAACCAGUUAAACAAGAAACGAAAGUUGUACAAAUAACAAACUCUAAUAUGAUAAUUUCCCCAUUACAAAACAUUCAAACUAUGGAAAAUAAUGAAGUGGAAGAAGAAUUCAGUGAACCAGAAGAUUUGAUGGAGGGAAUACGAGGUGUUGUUGAAGAAACUGGAGCACACAUCGAUGAUGAAGCAGAACCAUCAUCACUGAAUGGUGUUGAUACUUCAUCCACAUUAUGGUCAAUAACCGAUGUAGUACAAUCGGUUAAUCAAGAACAAUUAGAACGGUCGACAAUCAAUGAGCAAAAUUUACAAUCUGACGCACUUGUUGCUGGAGAGAUAACAAAAAAAAAAAAAACGGCUAAGCAGAAAAAAACUAAAGAUGAUAUGACCUGUCCACAGUGUGAUAGAUCGUUUCAUCAUAAAAACAGUUUGAUUUAUCACUUGAGAUCACAUACAGGUGAAAGGCCACAUCAAUGCGAAGUAUGUGGCAAAAGUUUUUUUGCAGCAAGUGCUUUAAAAGUACAUAAGCGACUUCAUAGUGGUGAUAAGCCAUACAAAUGUGAAGAUUGUGGCCGACAUUUUCGCCAAUGGGGAGAUUUAAAAUACCAUUCAAUGAGUAUCCAUUCUGAGCAACGUCAAUUUCAAUGUGAAUAUUGUGGCAAAGAUUUUGCCAGGAAAUAUUCACUAAUUGUUCAUCGUAGAAUUCAUACUGGUGAAAAAAAUUAUCGUUGUGAAUAUUGUAAUAAAACGUUUCGAGCAAGUAGCUAUUUACAAAAUCAUAGGAGGAUACAUACUGGUGAAAAGCCACAUCCUUGUACUGUUUGUGGUAAACCAUUUAGAGUGAGAAGUGAUAUGAAAAGACACAUGCAGACUCAUAAUAGAGGCAGAACUGAGAGACCAGCCAGUCGAUCUGCUUCUAGCAAAAAUAUCGCAAAUAUUAAUGAAAAUGAUAAAAAUGACAAUGCAAGAACUAUACAAGAUCUUGUCCAGGAAUUGAAGCUCGAGAUUGAGCCAAAUAACGUUGUUGAUAUCGUUUCACCUGAGGAUAAUCCGGAAAGUAUUUUACCACAUGAAGGAGGACAAAACUUGGAAUAUUCAGUUGUUUCUGCUCAAGAAGAAAAUAAUGACAGAGAUCCAUUAGAAGCGGUUAGAACUUCUGAUACUUUGCAAUACUUCUUCAUGUAACUGAGGAAUUUCUAUUUUGUCGAAUUGUUGAUUGAUUAACGAAAAAGAUUUUUUUUGAUGAAAGAAAAAAUUAAUAAACGCAAUACCUUCAUACUGUAACUAUUUUUAAGUACUAUCUGACGGAGGCCUGUUCAAAAAAUGGUCUAGUUACUUUUCAACUGAAGUAUUUGCCUUAAGAAUCCCUCGAUGAGCGAAAAAAUUCACUAGUGAGGGCGUUCACAAGGGAAACGCUCUUGAAUGGGUAUAAAGUGAAACGAAAGUUGUCCUGUUUUACUGGUAAAGUCGGUAUUUUUCUUUACGUAAAAAUUUAAAUAAUAAUGGUAUUUUUUCGUAUAGAAUAACCUAGAUUUUACCGGCAAAACUCGGCGAUGGAUGAUUUCCUUCCUAGAUGUGAGGUCUUUUGACGGAAACAUUCAGAGUCCUCUGAGGAUAGAUUUUGCAUGAAAAUUUUUACUAUAAAAUCCUUAUAAUUUCGGUCCCGAUAGAAGGCGAACACUCCACAACCGAUCAACAGGGUUGCCAGACGUCCAGAAUUGUCUGGAUUCUUCCAGACAUUUUAGUGGCUGUCCAGAAUCCAGAUUCUGUAUCAUUUUUUUCCAGAUUUUUUAGAUUUUUCAGAUUUUUCAUUUUAUUCAUUUAUAUUUUAAUCUUUCGCUAAACUUUUACAGAUACCGAUAAAAGAUAACAACUAAAAAUUACCUACAAAUUAAUUUGGACCAAUCACAAUCAUAUUAUUAUGGUUUCCAUGUUUGUGGCGGGAUAUUAAAUGAGCAGAAAUUUUUUGUCGAAAACCAUAUUUUAUUAUUCAUAUGGUAUCUAAAAAUUUCAAAGGUUGAUUUUGAAUUGAAAUUUUAUAAUAUAUAAUAUAUUCGGUUGUAAUCAGUUAGCCGACAAUUGACGGGCCGACAUAAAACUAAUGAUUGUAAUCGAUUGUAAUCGAUUUGUACUUCAAUGUAAUGUAU